UCUGUUCCCUGGUUUGGGAGCCCAACAGUCGUGGCUUCCACUUCUUCACCUACACCUGCACACUACCAUGUCGUCUACCAAGGGUGUGGAGAAACCCGCAUGAGCUGGCAUGGGGAGACAUACUGCCUAGUUGGUGGCUACCGGACCUAUGGGGAUGCUCCUCUGGCCACCCCAGCAAAGAAAGAAGCAGAGAAACCAGUUCCUAGACAGGCUCCCAAAAGACAUCUACGCGUGACAGAGUCGGAUGAGAAGGACGGUUGCCCCAGCCCCAAAAUUCCGAGAUUGCAGUGCGGUGGCAGGAGGCUCACCCGGAAGAAGCUUGCCGGCUGAGCCACUUUACAGGUAGGGCAAACAUGUACCUGCCUAAGACACCUAAUGCCU